AUGUCACGGGAAAUUGAUCGAUGGCCAACUCCGGCCAAGGUCCGACCAAUGAAAGUGAUCGUGGCCAGCCCUAGCCGUUCAGGGACCCUGAGCAUGUACACAGCAAUGAAGGUACUGGGCUUCAGGUCGUAUCAUUUCUAUGAGUGUGUCGUCGAGAAAGGAUUGCCGCAUAUCAAUCUCUUCAACGAGGCAGCCACGGCGCAGUACAAUCGGCUCUCUGGGAUUAAGCGAUAUACAAGGGCUGAUUUUGACAAGUGGCUGCAUGAGUAUGACUGUCUAGUUGAGAUCCCCAGCUACAUGGGGAAAAAUGUAUUUGAGGCAUACGCGAACGAGCCUGAGGUGAAGUUUAUUCUCACGGAGCGACAACCGGAGAAGUGGGCAAGAUCCGUGAACAACUCGGCUGGUGGUGUGGUCAAAAUGGCAACCAGCUUCCCAAUUUCUGUGCUGAAGUACUUUGAUGCCACGCUCUUCGCAUUCAUGAAAACAAACGUGCUCAUGUACAACGCGUUUUCGAGCGGCACGAAUAUUGGCGACCCAGACAAUGAGGAAGAGCUAUGCAAAUAUUACAAUGACUAUAUCAAAAUGGCUAAAGAAACAAUUCCAGCGGAACGCCUACACAUCAUCAAGCUUGAAAAUGGUGUGGAUUGGGAGGAUAUCUGCCCUUUCUUGGGGGUGCCAAUCCCCGACGAAGAAUAUCCCACUCCCAAUGACCCGGAGAACUUCAAGGCCUUAGUGAAUGGCUUCUUGAAACCGAGGCUCCUGUCGGCGACUAUGAAGCUGAGUGCUGUGGCUUUGCCAGCUUUGGGAAUUCUUGGCUGGGCAUCUAUCAAGUUCGGACCUCCACUCCUGGCUACACUGAGGGGAGUCUAA